AACUACAUAAAAUUCCUGUCUGAUCUGUACGUAUCAACCGACAGCAAUCUCAACCCUUUAUAAGAUGGUCCGACCUUGGAAAUCAAAACACAUUCAAUCACAACACUGAAUUGAAUUGAAUGCGGCUUUAAUUUCAGUGCAUCAAAUUAAAUUAAAUUUCCCCUCUCCUCUCAACAAUAUGAAGCUUUCAUCUUCUUUCCUCAUUGCCAUUCUCCUCCUUCAGGUUUUCACAGAGGCAUUGGCCACUGAUCAUUCUGACAAGUUUCCUGCACAGGUAGGUGGAGCUGGUAAAGAUGAUGAAGCAGCUCUUACGAAAAAAGUUUAUCAUCAUGCAAAAAUAAAUUGUGGGUAUGCUUGUGGAAGAAGAUGCAGAAAGGCGUCGAGAAAGAAUGUGUGCAGUCGAGCAUGCACGACGUGCUGCCGGAGGUGCAACUGUGUCCCGCCGGGCACUUACGGCAACGCCCAUCUCUGUCCCUGCUAUGCCAAGCUCAAGACCCAUGGAAAUCGCCCCAAAUGCCCUUAAAUUUUAGUUUGCAAGUGAAUAUCUUUUUGAGAGGAUGAUGAAGGGUAAAGUGUACAAGUAUGGUACAAUAUAAUGUGUGGGCAAGGUAAAUGGAAUAAAGUUAAUAUAUAAAUGCUGCAUUUAUAUUAUAUAUAUUAUAUUGAUGAGUAGGAUAGAUGUUUGGUUGUAUUAUUUUAUUUUUUGUUUUCUUGGAGAGACAAUUCCAAUCCUUGGAAUAAUAAAGGCAUUCACGCUUUAGUGUU